UAUCAAUAUCCCAUAAUCUAUCAUAGGCUACUUUAAUUUGAUUCCUCUUUGCAUAGCUAGGUAGGUAGCCACUAGCCAGCAUUGAUGGCAAUCAAGGUCCACGGGAAUAAGAUGUCAACGGCAACGAUGAGGGUGGUUGCUUGUCUCAUGGAAAAGGGUCUGGAUUUUCAGUUUGUUGACAUUGAUAUGGGAGCUGACCAGCACAAGCAAGAACCUUUCCUCUCCCUUAAUCCAUUUGGCCAAGUUCCAGCCUUUGAAGAUGGAGACUUGAAGCUUUUUGAGUCGAGGGCAAUCACUCAAUAUAUUGCAUAUACUUGUGCCAACAAGGGGAGCCAACUAGUAUGUGAGGAUCCAAAGAAGAUGUCAACUGUAUCAAUGUGGAUAGAGGUGGAAAACCACCACUUCGACCCUGCGGCUUCUGCGCUCACGUGGGAGCUUGGCAUAAAGCCAGUGAUUGGCAUGGCUACUAAUGACACUAUAGUGGAACAAAACAAGGAAAGGCUGUCCAAGGUUCUCGACGUAUACGAGAAUCGCUUGAUACGAUCAAAAUACUUAGGUGGAGAUUGGUUCAGCCUUGCGGAUUUGCACCAUCUCCCCAACAUGCAUUGCCUCAUAGGUACCCAAGUUAAAACGUUAUUCGAGUCGCGCCCGAAUGUUAGUGCAUGGUAUGCUGAUAUAUCUUCCAGACCAGCUUGGUUAAAGACGGUUGAAUGGCUAAAAGAGACUUGAACUGGCCUGGUAGUGAUAGACAUGCAUUCUCAAAUAAGCAUAUAUAUAUAUAUAUAUAUAUAUAUAUGCAAUGUUGCAUACUUACAUUCCACUUUCUUUAAUUUCUUGGGUUUUACUCCGUAACUUUUAAGUGGGGCCGGCCAUGUAAUAUAAUGUACUAUUCAAUAAAAUAUGCAAGAACCUUCAGUUA